AUGACAGAACCCGUCAAGUAUCUGAAACCAACACAACUUUCGACGGAGCUACGAUAUUUCCCCUCUCUACUCUUCCAGGUCAUCGCAUUGUCACUGCAAUUCCUACCGCCUGAUUGGGAUGUUUUACCCAAGGCAUCAUUAAGGGGACUUGCUACUUCACGGACGUAUAGCGAUCUAGGCGACGAAUUGUUGCAUUUUUUGGGACGGCCAGGGUUUGCCAUCGCCGCAAUCCAGGCGGACUUUCUGAGGUCAUCGUGGCUGAAGAAUUGUGGGCGGGGUGUUGAAUCUUGGCAUGCUGUUGGCAAUUCUAUCAGACAAGCGCAGGAACUUGGACUCCAUCGCCAAAGGGAUAUAUACCAGUCAAACGAAACUAAUGUGGAGGAAACGCUAAGUAUGUUCUGGUACGAACAACAUAAGAAGCGCAUAUGGAUCAACCUCUUUGUGUGGGAUAGUUUCAUGGCCAUGAUUCUGGGGCGCCCUCGGAUGGUUCACAUGGAUGACUGUGAUGUUGAGCCACCCAUGGAUUGCAACAUACCUGGUGAUCCAUCCAAAGCUGUGCCAAUGACGGUCCGCCCCGAAGACAGCCAGAGUGUCUCAACGGCUUCAGCGCCUCUUUUUCGAUACGCCAUGGCUUGCAAAGCACACGAAAUGCGAGCUCUCAGAGCGGACCGCCCUCGUCUAAAGGAUUACUCUAUUGUCAGAACACUGCACGAGGAAAUAAUGUCGUUGGUGGAAGCGUUGCCUGCAUUUCUGCGAAUUAAGAACCCUGACACCACUCGGGAUGCAGACUUUCCAUAUCUUCCACAACUCCGCCAAGAAGUGCAAGUUAUGACGAAUUUGUUUCUGAUGACAUUACACCGGCCGCAUAUCAUUUCUAAUCUAGAGAGUCGAAGAGCCGCUUUACAGGCCGCACUUGAAACCCUUGAUUGCCAGCAAUCUUUCUUUGCGCAUGCUAAACAGCAUCAAUAUCAGCUGUUUGGCUUUGCUUUCUACACUGUCGAUGCCUCAUUUCUAGUCUCCAUCAUCACGAUUCUGUUUCCGCCGCAGAACAAUGAGACCACGCAAAGAAUCAGCCACAGCCUCCAGCAAGCGAUUGAGAGUCUCACUCUUAUGCAAACUUCUAAUGUGAUAGCAGCUUCAGGCUUGGACAUUAUCCAGCGUUGCUAUCAAAAGCUGAAAAGUACUCCCGAGUCAUUCAGCAGCAUAUCUGACACAAGGACGCCCUCAUAUGGCACCCCGGUGGAUGGACUACAUAAUCUGAUAAAGGACCUUGGCCAGCAGGACUUCAACCAACUUGGAGGUCCGCAAAGUAACUUUUCUCAAUCGAAUAUAAUAUCGGGACUUGCUUCUUCAACUCCUUUCCCUCAGCCAACUCCGGAUAACUUCAAUCAAACGUAUUGGUUGGAUCAGUUGAAUGUCAUUGAUCCACUUAUCUAUGACCAGGAUUUCGGCAAUCUGUGGGAGAAUAUUAAUUUUGGCUGA